AUGGCAACAACGACCCUUCUGUCCGGCUUCUUUUGGGGCAUGACGCGCUCCCAUUCUGACGUGACUAUGCACUUUCAGAUCGUAGGCAUUUUGAUGUUUACGAUGUGUGCUGCCGCGGUGGUUUCCUCCGUUCUCGGCAGCAAGGACGUCAAACUGGGCAGCGGUUCUAUGUUGUUGGCUUCCUUAGCAUCUGGAUGGCUAUUCGGCUGUGUGAUCAACGCACUGGUUUGCACAGUCUGGUUGCCGACGGGGUCCCUUGAAGUAUUGGCGGCCACAGGCUUCUCUUUCUUGCUGGUUUGCAUCAUGCUCCUGGAUGCAGGCAAAUUUUUGGUGAGUUGCGAACCGGACGACUUCAUGAGUGUGAUCGUCUCAAUGGAUUCGUCUUUACUCGUGAUUGUCAGUAUCCCGUUCUUUGUGCUAUCAUUCUGUUUGUUGCACACUGGUGAGGCAGUGCUUGACCCUACCGUGGACGUAGAAGCCGGGCAUCCGCCCGCGGACCACAUCGGUGCAUCCAAUGCUUUUGUGAUCGCUUGA